CGGUUCCUGGACUUCCGCGAGGGCGUGCUGGCCCAGUCCGAGCACGCGUGGGCGGACUUCCCCGUCCGCGGGCCUCGGGCGACUCACUGGGCGCUGCAGUGCAUCCAGCGCCGCGGUGGCUCCCCGCUCGCGCGCCACUCGCGCUGGCGGAGCGAGAUGGGGCUCGACCCGGAUGACGCUGGGGUCGAGGUGCACCUGCUGCGCAGCCGGCUGCUGGAUACCGUGAUCUCGUACGAUCGGCUCAACGCCUGCGACCUGGCGAGCGCCGAGCUCAUCGCGAGGACUCUCCAGGUGCGAGGCGACGUCUGCGCGGCCCCCGCCUUGCAGCAGCACGUGUCGGCGGAGCUGGCCCGCGAGGUGGCGGCGCAGAAGGGGCUCCGGAAG